AUUUUGGCCCAAUAUAGAGCAAAUUUAUGUUUUGAAAUUAGAUCAAUCAAAGCAAUUACAAGAAGACUCUCAAGAACAUCCUCUCAAGGAGCAUAUAAUAUAGCAUGGCAAACCUGUCUAGAGGAGUAUCUAGGAAAGAUAAGCCCAGAGGACGCCAUCAUGGGCUAAGUCAGCAGAAAAAGCAAGAGAUCAAAGAAGCUUUUGAGCUAUUUGAUACUGAUGGCUCUGGUACCAUUGAUGCCAAAGAGCUGAAUGUUGCAAUGAGGGCACUAGGUUUUGAAAUGACUGAAGAGCAAAUUACCCAAAUGAUUGCUGAUGUAGACAAGGAUGGCAGUGGUGCAAUUGAUUUUGAUGAAUUUGUGCACAUGAUGACUGCAAAAAUGGGCGAGAGGGAUUCUAAAGAGGAGCUGACAAAAGCAUUCCAAAUCAUUGACCAAGAUAAAAACGGAAGGAUCUCAGUUGCAGACAUUCAGCGCAUUGCCAAGGAGUUGGGUGAAGCUUUUACAGAGAGAGAAAUUCAUGAAAUGAUUGAGGAGGCAGAUCGUGACCGUGAUGGAGAAGUAAGUUUUGAUGAGUUCAUGAGGAUGAUGAGAAGGACUUCGUAUGGAUAUUAAACUUAAUUAUGUAAUAUAGCAUGUACACAUUUGAGGUGAUGCUGAUGACUUGUGACCUGACACGAAAUAUUUGCAAUUUUAACUUCAGCUUGUUUAAUUUAUAGUACAUUUUUUAUAUGUA